AAUGCAGAGAGAGAAAUUUACAAUCAAAAAGAUUAUACCAAUUUUAACAGAGAAGUGAAUGAAACAUCUGAUUCGGAAAACUAUUCAAGUGAUGAGGACAAAGAUAGUGUAGAUGUUACUGUGAUUAGGACUAAUGUACAGAAUCAAAGAGUUAACGAAUCAUACGAUGUUAAUAAGGUAAUUAGCAGCAACUUUAUACAGUAACAUUUUUUUUUAUUAUUAUUGUCUAAAUUUCAGGAUUACUAAUGCAAGAAAUGUUGUACUAAAGUCCUCUAAAAUCAUUUUUAAUUAAAUUGCUUAAGCAUCCGCCUUACCAACUUCUUAUAUUCUUAUAUUCUUUUAUGAUAUAAUUAUGCGUUAGAUAAUUUUUAAAUUUUAUAUACUUUAAAAACAAAUUACUUUAAUACAUUUCUGUGCAUUAUAUUGACUUUGUAUUAGAAUUUCAGUAAUAGUUCAUUUAUUUUAUUUUAUUUCAUUUUAAUGCUACAGAGAACUCCCUUGUAUGAAGGCAGCGAUAUAUCGAAGGAAGAGAGUGAGUUGCUGAUUUUAAGCUUUUUGGCACGAUACAAUUUACCGGACAUUGCUGUCAACAAAUUUCUUCAGUUAGUUAAUUGUCAUUUACCGGUUAAUGCGCACUGGCACCUUUCUAAAUUUCAAUUGUUAAAGAAGUUCCGAUCGGAAGAUGUCAAAGUGUACUAUUACUGCCCGCAAUGCGAAAACACUAUUAUAGAUUUUGGUGCUGCACAUAACAAAAAAUGUGAGGAAUGUGGAUAUAUUUGUUGCGAAGCUAAGCAAAAAGAAGCUCGAAAUUACUUUCUUCGUCUUCCAUUAAAGAAUCAAAUUUCUCAAUUGAUAAACAACAGACAUGUAUAUCAGUCUCUUAGGAAGAAAUGUGAUGAAUCCGAUGUAAUUAAUAGAAGAGUAUAUAGAAAAUUACUUGAAGAAAAGGUAAUAUCGAAGAAUGACAUUACAUUGCAGUGGAAUACUGACGGGGUGAAAAUAUUUAUGUCCUCCAAAGUUUCGCUUUGGCCAAUUCAAGUGGCUAUAAAUGAAUUGCCGUAUCAUCUAAGACGUCAGUAUAUAAUGUUAACCGGUCUGUGGUGUGGAAGCAGUAAGCCUAUUAUGAAACUGUUUUUAAAGCUAUUUGUAGACGAAUUGACUGAACUGCAUGAAGUUGGAAUAAUGUGCACUACUCCACAGACUGCAAAACCUAUAACAAUCAAAGUACAUACGAUUCUCGCUCCUGUAGAUUCUGUGGCUAGACCAAUACUACAGAACAUAAAACAGUACAACGGAGAAUUUGGUUGUUCGUUUUGUCUCAAUGAAGAUGAAAGAAUUUCAACUGGCCGUGAGUACACACGAGUAUACUGUGGAACUAAGAUUACAAAAAGAACAAUUCGUCAACAUGAGCUAGAUUGCGAAGAAGCUGAUUGUACCAAUACCGUUAUAAGAGGUGUAAAAGGAUCAUCCAUACUUAUGAUGCUACCCGUAUUUAACAUAUUGUUGUCAUGUGUGCCUGAUUAUAUGCACAGUGUAACACUAGGCGUCGUGAAAACGUUUGCAGAUAGUUGGUUCGAUUCAAAAUGGUCGGACAAAUCAUGGUAUUUAGGUCGCGACAGCAAGACCGUUGACAAAAUACUAUUGAGUAUAAAACCUCCCUGGGACAUAACACGAACCUCGAUAAACGAUAGACAUAUGUGGAAAGCUUCUGAGUGGAAAAACUUUCUGCUAUACUACUCGUUGUUUGUCAUAAAAAGACUAAUGCCUCAAAAAUAUAGGAAGCACUCGUUUCUUCUAGUAUUUGCUAUGCAUUUACUUCUAAAAGAUACCGUUACUAAAAUCGAUAUACGGACUGCAAAACAAGCUCUGGAGAAAUUCGUUCACAAGGUGGAACACUUGUACGGUCGAGAGUUUUUGAAAUUUAACGUUCACUUACUCCUGCACAUACCUAAUUCUGUAAAACAAUUUGGAUCUCUAUGGGCCCAAUCAACGUUUCUCUUUGAACACUACAAUGGUGUUCUUGCCAAAAUGUUUAAAAGUUCACAGUGGAUACCGGAACAGAUAUUUAAAACGUACAUGCGAUAUAAAACAGUACAACAACUGUGUGAGACUGCGUUUUCUCGUAAUGAUUGUUCCAUACGCGGAAAACUUUUAUAUGAAAAGUUGCUAAUCAAUAAGAAUAAAACGAUGAAUACAAUAAAUUAUGCUCCUUCAUUACAAUUACUUGGAGUCGGAACUAAUAUUCCAUUGUCUGUAACACAACAGGUGUUAAUCAAAGAAUUAGUUACAGAGCCAGUGAUUUUAAACAAGGUGUAUUCGUUCCAGCGUUUUGUUUACAAGAAAGUCCUUUAUCAUACGGAUAGUUACGAACGUUUAAAAAAAAGAGAAAACAGCACUAUUAAAAUGAGGGAUUUAAAAUAUGGCACAAUCAAAAAUAUUCUUAUCAUUUAAACUCAUGUGUCACAUCAAAGUAAAUGCAUCAUUUUAGUGAACGAGUUGCUACCAACAGGCGAAGAGCUGAUAAAAGAUAGCAAUCUAAAUAUCAGUUCUACUAACUUUUGUACUUCUCUGCGGAAAACAAGUCGUCAAAUUUGCAUAUUGCCGGAAUCGAUAUUUCAAAAGUGCGUACAAGUUCUUGAUGAUCAAGAGACGGUGUAUGCCACACCACUUGUCAAUUCUUUCGAAAAAGAUUAAUUUUAUAUAUCAUUUAUUUAAAAAAGCGAAGUUAUUUCAAAUAAGUAAAAGUUAAACGUAAUAAUAAUAAAUGUUUAUAUAAAAAAUCUAUACUCAAUGCACAAAUGCGUAACUAAUAUAAGUUUAUUAUAACUAGUAAGUUUAUUAUACUAAGCUCUUAAUAAAUGCAUUGACAGAUUAAUUGUGGAACUAUUAAUUCUAAACAAUUGAUCAAUAGUAAUGCUUCUAACAGUUGCAGUUGAACAAUGGUAAUGCUUUAAACAGUUACAAUGGGAGCGUCCCAAAUGCGCACAGUAAUAAACGGACAC